AUGGAGCAAUUCAGACAAAUCGGCGAGGUUUUGGGAAGUCUAAAUGCACUAAUGGUAUUACAAGAUGAUAUAUUGAUCAACCAAAGACAAUGUUGCUUGUUGUUAGAGAUCUUCAGCUUAGCUUUCAACACUGUGGCAGAAGAGAUCAGACAGAAUCUGAAGCUUGAAGAGAAGCACACUAAAUGGAGAGCCCUUGAACAGCCUCUAAGGGAGCUCUACAGAGUGUUCAAAGAAGGAGAAUUGUAUGUCAAGCAUUGUAUGGACAGUAGCGAUUGGUGGGGCAAAGUCAUAAACCUUCAUCAGAACAAAGAAUCUGUUGAGUUUCACAUACACAACCUCUUCUGUUAUUUCCCGGCGGUUGUUGAAGCCAUCGAGGCAGCCAGUGAGAUUUCUGGUCUUGACCCAUCUGAGAUGGAGAGAAGGAGAGUUGUGAUCUCAAGAAAGUAUGACAGAGAGUGGAAUGAUCCUAAGCUUUUCCAAUGGAGGUUUGGGAAACAGUAUCUGGUACCUAGGGACAUUUGCAGCCGGUUUGAGCAUUCUUGGAGAGAAGAUAGAUGGAAUCUUGUGGAGGCAUUGCAAGAGAAGAGGAAAUCUGACAGCGACGAUGUUGGAAAGACCGAGAAGCGUCUAGCUGAUCUGCUUCUUAAGAAACUAACCGGUUUGGAACAGUUUAACGGGAAGCUGUUCCCGAGCUCGAUCUUGCUUGGCUCCAAAGAUUACCAGGUGAGAAAGCGGUUAGUUGCAGAUGGACAGUACAAGGAGAUUCAAUGGUUAGGUGAUAGUUUUGCGGUGAGGCAUUUUUUCAGCGAUCUUGAGCCUCUAAGCUCUGAGAUCUCUUCUCUUUUGUCUCUUUGUCAUUCCAACAUACUUCAGUACCUCUGCGGAUUCUAUGAUGAAGAGAGGAAAGAAUGCUUCUUGGUUAUGGAGUUGAUGCACAAAGAUCUGCAGAGCUACAUGAAGGAGAAUUGUGGACCAAGAAGAAGAUAUCUGUUCUCGGUUUCCGUAGUGGUUGAUAUCAUGCUGCAGAUCGCAAGGGGAAUGGAAUAUCUUCAUGGAAACGAUAUCUUCCAUGGAGAUUUAAACCCCAUGAACGUUCUUUUGAAAGAGAGGAGUCACACAGAUGGUUAUUUCCAUGCAAAAAUCUCUGGAUUCGGUUUAUCUUCUGUCAAGUCUUGCUCCUCUAGUACACGACCAAACACUCCUGAUCCUGUGAUCUGGUACGCACCUGAGGUUCUAGCAGAGAUGGAAACAGGUAAAAAUGAUCAGAAAUCGAAGUUGACACACAAGGCUGAUGUGUAUAGCUUUGCAAUGGUGUGUUUUGAGCUUAUAACAGGUAAAGUCCCCUUUGAAGAUAGUCACCUUCAAGGUGAGAAAAUGGCUAUCAACAUUAGGAUGGGAGAGAGACCACUUUUCCCUUUCCCUUCACCGAAAUACCUGGUUAGUCUGAUCAAACGGUGUUGGCACUCAGAACCGAGCCAGCGUCCAAACUUCUCUUCGGUUUGCAGGAUACUACGCUACAUCAAGAAGUUUCUUGUUGUGAAUCAAGAUCAUGGUCACCCUCAGAUGCAAACUCCGCUUGUUGAUUGUUGGGACUUGGAAGCAAAGUUCUUGAGAAAGUUUCCAGGUGAUCACUCAUCAGGGUGUCACAUAGCAUCCGUGACUCAGAUCCCUUUCCAGCUAUACUCUUACAGAGUUUCAGAAAGAGAGAAGAUGAAUCCAAAAAACUCAAAAGAAAACGGUAACUCAGAGGCAAGCGAAUCUUUAGAAAGCGUUUCAGUGGUUGAAGAUCCACCUAGUGCCAUGAUGAUAAGAGAUACAAAAUCUUUGUGUCUAGAUACAAUAUCUGAAUACUCAGAUACAAGAUCAGUCUACUCAGAAGCUCCCAUUAAAAAGGUGUCAACAUUAAAGAAAAGCGGCGAAUUGGUAAAGCUAAAAAAACCUCCAAGCUUAGGUUCAGGAAAGUUGAGAUCUACAGGGACAUCGCCGGUAAAAGCAAGAUCAUCACCAAAAGCAUCACCGUUGAGUCCAUUUGGAAGAAGCAUUAAAGCGAGGAAAGAUAAUCGAUUGCCUUUGAGUCCAAUGAGUCCUCUAAGCCCAGGGAGACUUAGACAACAUACUGGUCAUGCUUCAGACUCUGAGCUUACUUAG